AUGCUCCGCAAGUACUACAACCACGUCGCACACCGCGACGAGGAUAAGAAGGAUGCAGAUGACAAGGGUGGUGACGGCAAGUUCCCCUCGGUGGAGAACGUCUUCUUCAUCUUCAGAGGACCCACGGGUGUCAUCACCGUCGUCUCCUCAUUCGAGCAUGCCUACGAGUGCGACGUCGAGUGCGUUGAGCAUGCCGAGGCAUUGGCUAUGGAUGAGGCCCUCGUCGCGGACCUACAGAGGAUGGCCAACGAGGCCAUGGAAUCCAAGCAGCGACACGCGGACAGCUUCGAGGCUGCCGAGGGUGCCAAGGAUAUCCCCCUCAACCCAAACACCCCCGACGGCAAGGUGCUGAAGAUCAGCGCUACACUCGACAACAAAUAG